CUUGAGCCAUUGGGCCUUGGUCCGUCGUUUCCUCGCUCAUCGCCUGGCUGACUGACUUCUUGGCCCUCAUCCCCAGCCCUACCCCCAGCCCCAGCCCCCAGCUCGUAGGCUCAGCUUCAGCUCUAUCGAGUCCGUGACACGCCUCAGCCCCAGGCCCGACCUUCUGGUGGAAGGCACUAGUGAGUGUUGUGUGAAGUGCCCUUGAUCCCCGCCAUGGUGCGCGAUGAUUGGUGGUGAUUCGUAAUCCCCUGGACGACAGCCUCAGCCCGUGAUCGCGACCAAUCUCACCCGUGUCAUUCGACGUGGUCCAGGCGGCGGGCGAGAGUGAACCAUUCCUCCGACCAAACCGGACCAAAUCGAAAUCGGAAUCGGGUUCUGACCGGCCUCCCGAACGGAAAACCCAACAAACGAAGUGUAUAUUGUGCCCCAGUGAUCUGAUUGUCUGACAACCCCCUCCGUGGAUCCAGAUCCAGCGCCCACGGGCUCAUUGCUCCAAAGCGCCGCCUAUUCAGAAAGUUAUUCACUAGCUCCGGUAUGCAACGGCCCUUUGCCAACCUUUCGGACGCCAUGAAGUUGUCGCUGUGGUGCUGCCCUUCUGAUUAUCAUUGUGUUUGUGGUGAUGGAGUCGGAACGCCAUCGCAAUGAGAGCCAUCCAUGGUUAAGCCAUGGGCCAACCCACCGCCAUGGCCUCCAAUGGAUUACCUCAAGGCUUGCUGAGCAACAACAAUCAGUUUGUGCCCUCAUCCAGUGCUUCCAAUGCGAACCAUAUCCCACCCAAUAGUGUUAAUAGUGCCAAUCCGGGGGGGCAUAAUGUGAGCGUGAUCAGUGCCAGUGGAAAUAACGGUGCCAAUCCUAGCAGUAAUAGUGCCUCAAAUGCCAGCACCAGUAGCAAUAAUGGCAGUGCCCCCAAGAAAGCCAGGUCUGGUUAUAAUGAAAAGGCCAUGGCCCAGAUCCGAAAUUCUCUCCGUCCUUUCCAACAACAGCAUCAACUCCUACAAGACGAGCAAGCGCUCAACUUGAAUCUCCAAUACCUGUUGUCCUCGGGUCUAGAUGAGGAACUGGCCCGACGUCUCAUCGCUCAGAGUGGGGGACAAUUAGAUGCGGCUACGGAGCUUUUGAUCCGACAACAUGCCUCCCUUCAAUUUCCCUCCCAUAACGGAGGCAAUGUAAAGGUCAAUCAUGACGGAGCCAGAUCGAGCGACCCGAAUGGUCCUCCUCCCGCCCUUCCGCCGCGAUCUCAUCAUCACCACCUUCACCAAUCACCAACAACACCACAGCAACAGCCUCCACAGCAAUUGCAACCACUACAACAACAACAACAGCACCACCAUCACUCCCAAGGUGAACCUCCACCGCCACCCCGAGUCCCAAUUCUCACGCCUCAGUCAGGUAAUGACAAUGGACCACCGCCACCCCCUCCACCAAGGAAGUCUCAAGUACCACCUCCAACGCCUCCGAGGGGGUCAACUCCUCCUCCAUCGUCCUCCAAAGCAAGUGUCACGAAUUCCAUGUUGCGGCGAAUGUCUCCAGUGCCUGGAAGAGGAGUGGCUGGAUCAGCUGGUCCCUCACCUGUGCCUUCUUCGAUGGCUCUGAAUCGCGGCACAUCACCCGUUGUGGUCAACUCGAAUUCACAUCACCAUCCCUUGCGGGUGCAAAACUCAAGAGAGAUCCAACAGCAACUUCAACAAACGUUGCAAAACAUUCAAUCCAUGAGCAUAUUUCCGAUGGAGGGUAGUUCGGGCGAGCCUCCCCCACCUUAUCCUAUGGGAACAGCCGCCCAGGGGCACACUGGGGCCAAUCCACCGCCGUCGUAUACUCAGUCAUUGGCCAUGCGGCAAUCUCCGACUUUGUCUUCCACGUCCUCGGAUUACCGCCUUCCCUCGUCCGAGUAUCGGCGUUCUCCCGGGCCCAAUCUGUUACCCACCUACCAUCCCUACCUUGCAACGGGUGGCACGGGGGUGUCCAUCGCCCCCACUAGUCCGGCACCAUCUCCAGCUUCCUCUAUGUUGUCCUCAUCGUCUAGGACAUCAUCCUCGAUGCAAGCCUGGUCGGCUCGACAAACCAAGACCCAUUCUCCCAUCAUUAUGCAGUCGGUCAAGAGCACUCAAGUUCAGAAGCCAGUCUUACAAACUGCCACCCCGCUUGCCCAACAAAUGGCCCAAAACGAAGCGAAUGCGUCCUCGGCCUUUGCUCCAUCUAGUCCAAUGCUGGUCCAAUCAUCAGGAUCGAAUUCAAAGGGUGGCCUGGCCCCUUCUAGUGCUUGUGUGGGCACUCCCUUUGAGGGAGGCAAUGGCUCGUCAACCUCGGUGUUGUCCUCAAGUGUUGGCAGUUCCAAUGGCAGUAAAGCCGUACCCCCACCGUCCUACGAGUUUUCGAUCCAACAGAAGCAUCAUGGACCCAAGGUGGCUCUCCCUCCUUCACCGACAUCAAGUCGAACAACCCCGACUGAUCUUUCUCAACCACAGUUACCACCACCACCGCCAUACCCGAGUACUGCGGUCUCGGCUCUCAACGCGCAAAAAAAUGAAGAAAGUGGUUUAGUGAGUGGCAAAUAUUUGCCCGUCAUUAGCACGGCUGCGAAAGUGAUGCUUAAUUCCUCGUCAGGAGGCCUCCCUCGAGGUGGUCGCAAUGAGCCUACUGGGAAGCCUCCCUUACAAAGGAAAUAUUCACCCUCGGAAUCAACCAUGAUUUCGACAUCUCGUUCAGAAUCUCCUAAUUCCGAUAGCGUGACCGUGUCUGCCGCCUCGCCAUUGUCUUUUAUGUCUUCCGAAGCCACCACCACAAGUGAUUCCGGACUCGGGUCAGAACCGAAAACAACACAUCACACCUCGCCCAAACCUGAGCGAAAGAAGCUGUCCCCGGAAAAAGAGGUGUCUCGACGCGAGUCUCUCGUUCGAAAUUGUCCACCUCAAGCCUACAAAUUCUUCAUGGAACAAAGGAUAGAAAAUGUCAUCAAGGAAUUCGAGCAGAGGCGGCAGCGCCAACGAAGACUCGAACACGAGCUAGUGCAUUUUAAUGUGAAAGAUCCCGUUAUGAGUGAACAGAUGCGACUCGUGCUUCAAAAGAAAGAAACCAACUACUUGCGCAUGAAACGAGCCAAACUGAAUCGCAAGCAUUUCAAGAAGAUCAAGAAAAUUGGCGUAGGUGCUUUUGGCGAAGUCUCCCUGGUCCGCGCCAUCAACUCGGUUGGAAGUAAAUCGGGUGGCUUAUACGCUAUGAAGACCUUGAAAAAAAGUCACGUAGUAGAGAAGAAUCAGGUGGCUCACGUUAUUGCUGAGAAGGACAUUCUAGCCGAGGCUGACAAUGAUUGGAUAGUCAAGUUGUACUAUUCGUUUCAAGAUCAAGAUAAUCUAUAUUUCGUCAUGGAAUAUAUCCCUGGUGGCGAUCUGAUGUCGUUGCUCAUCAAGUGGGGAACCUUCUCCGAGGAUCUAGCCAGGUUUUACAUAGCAGAACUAACUUGCGCCGUGGAAAGUGUGCAUUCCAUGGGAUUCAUCCAUCGAGAUAUCAAACCGGAUAAUAUCCUCAUCGACGCUGGAGGUCACAUCAAACUCACCGAUUUUGGUCUGUGCACCGGCUUUCGUUGGACUCAUAAUUCAAAGUAUUACGGCAAGAAUGGAAGUGUGAGCCAUUGUAGACAAGAUUCCAUGGAUCCAGGCACCCUCGACCUCGAGCUCGGCAAAUGCUCUUGCUCUGCCAUCUCAUCCAGUGGAAUGAAACCGCUAGAGCGUCGGAAACGACAGCAACUGCAGCGUUGCAUGGCUCAUUCGUUGGUAGGGACCCCCAAUUACAUCGCACCUGAAGUACUUCUUCGUCACGGCUACACUCAGUUGUGCGAUUGGUGGUCCGUUGGUGUUAUUCUAUACGAGAUGAUAAUUGGAUCGCCCCCUUUCCAUGCUGAUUCGCCCGCAGAAACACAAUACAAGGUCAUCAAAUGGGAACAGACUCUGAACAUCCCUCGAGUCCCUCGAAUCACUAAGGAGGCUGAAGAUCUCAUCAAAGGAUUGUGCGUGAAUGCCGAUCGCCGAUUGGGACGUGAGGGAGGGAGUGCCGAUAUCAAGCAUCAUCCAUUCUUUCAUGGGAUUGACUUCUCACGACCGCUCCGCAAUCAAAAGGCUCCCUAUAAACCGGACAUCCUUCACGAGCUCGACACUUCCAAUUUUGAUCCCAUUGAUGAAGAUGGUUCGUCUCGUUCAGAAGACGAAAGCAAUGACGGCGAUGACCCACACCGGAACGGCAAAUCCAAGAAAGACUACCAUGGCUUCUAUGAAUUCACAUUCCGUCGUUUCUUCGAUGACGGAGGCCAUCCUUUGCCACUAGAAGAGUCCGGUGGUAAUGGCAGCAGUAACAGCACUGCUACGGCCAGUUCUGGUGGCUCCACUUCCGGAAUCCUGCCUCCUGAUCCCAUUUAUGUUUGAAUCCGAAGGCCUGAUACGUCGUGUUUAGGUGCCGCAUUUGUGAUACUCCUAAUGUGAUACUCCUCCUCCUCCUCCUCCUGUUUUCCUCUCGACCCUUUUCCUUAGUUCCUCUCUCUAUCAUUAUCUUUUGCCGCCUGCCACAACAACAACUACAACAACUAUCAACACCGCUACCCACAUUUCAACAACUACUAUUAUUACUUUAAUACGUCUAGAAUUACUCCUACUAAUGUUAUUAGUAAUACAACCUACCCCCUCUCCCAACAAACAAUAUUGAAUUUGGUGUAAUCCAAAUGUCACUAAUACUCUUCGUUCAAAUGUUUCCGAACUAUGAAUAAAUCAUCGCUCCUCUGUGCCAAGCUCAAAAA